UCAUGUGGCGUUUUCUGCGUGAUUUUUGUGUUGUUUGUCUGACACACACACACACAUCGCCUGCAUCUGUCGGAGGAAAGCCUGUAGAGGAGUGUGUGUCCGUGUCAGUGUCAGUGUGUGUGCGUGAACUUGUGCGCCGUCGUGUUUGCAUGUUAUGUGGCGUUUGUGUUUGUGCAAUCGAGGAACCGCUGCAACCCGCGAACGACGCGCGGAUACACACACACCUACACCCUCACGCAUCACGCACACCUUGGCACACGCGCGUCAGACACACGCACGCGCACGAGCGGGUCCAUUUUAUUUCCAGGUCGCCGGCGUUUUGCAACGUCGGGGUUGACUUUUCACAUGACGCGCCAUAAUAAUGAUGAUAAUAAUCCUCCUGCAGGAGACGUUGUGGAUACUGAAGGAACCAUGCCAGCAUGAGUGGGCCUCAUGUAGGCCCUGGAAGAGACGCCCAUCAGUCCAUCUGCCCUUUGACCCCAGGCCGUGACCUCUCCACCCACUCAAACUCCACCAGACAUCAUGACCACAGGUUCGGCCUAACCAUGUCUGCUGCCGCCUCUUCCCUCAAGCACGCAUCCCUCUAUGGGUUCGCACAAAGGGACCACCCCUCCUCGUCCUCCUCUUCAUCUUCCUCCUACAGUCCUCUGAGGAGGCUGCAGCAUCUCACCACCAUGGUGAGCCAGCCUGACCUGGUGCUGCCAGUGAGGGAGCCAGAGAGGAGCUGGGAGUGGGGGACACCUAAGAAGGAGAGGGGGAAGGAGAUGGAGAUGGACUCCUGGGCUGAUUGCACCGGCAGGGAUUAUUCUGUGACCCAGAGUACAAGCAGGGAGGAGAGCUUUGGUCACUUCUCUGCUGGACGAAAACAACCUGAGGUCCAAAGUGGAAGUAGAGAUACUCCAGCAGCCAAUCAGAGCGAUCCUGUCACUUCAGAGAAAAAGACGGACAGUUGUUUCUCGGGCCCACCUAGCCCGGCCUUCUCACUUGAUAGCAACAGCCCCUUCGCGAAUGGCUUCCUCCAUUUUGAAUCCUCUUUAUUCGAGGAUGACGACACCAAUCAGGUGCGGGAGACGGUGUCACCCAUCGAAGUCUUGCAGGAAAAAAACGAGAGGGCAGGGAAUACUCUUCAGUCAACUCCCGGAGAUGUAAAUCUGAACUCCAAGGAUACAACCCGGUCAUCAGCCAAGGUCGUCACCCGGUCCCAGUCCUCAGGUCAACGCAGGAGAUACUGGGACGGCUCAGAUGAUGAGUGGGAAAGCGACACCGAUCUGCUCCUGUUUAUGGAUAGUCCAUCAAAACAUUCAAUGAACAGCGUGAAGAAAAAGUCUUUGCCGCCUGUGAAGUUUUUAGAGGGCGAGAUCAUUUGGGCAAAGUUCAGCCGAAGACCUUGGUGGCCAUGUGAGGUGAUCAUUGACCCCGCACAGGGAGUCUACCACAGACUGAAAGAGCCCAGUGAGCGGCCCUGUCGGCUUUACCACAUCAAGACCUUUGGUGAGCCAGUGGAACACGUCUGGUUGGAGGAAAAAUCAACGCACACUUUCCAUGGAGGCUUUGAAUUUGAACAGCUCCUCCUAAUGCGUCGGAGGGGAAAGCAAAGGGAGAAGAACUCUAAAUAUACUAUCGCAAAGCGUUUUCAGGAAUCCUGGAAAUCCAGUGUGGCAGAAGCUGAAUCUAUUCUUCCAGAGAGAUCCAAAAUGACUUCUUCCAUUUCUGUGUCCAUAAAUGAUGGCUCCCACAACAGUUCCAUACUGGAAAAGGAGAGCAAGGCCCUUUCAACCUCUUCUCCAUCCCCUUCACCUGUCUCCACCCUGCCUGAAACGCUACACGGGAUCAAUGGAUCCCUUUCGUCCCCUGUUAUUUCAUCCCCAAUAACAACUCCAGCAAAGUCAAGCACUUUAAGGAAGUCUUCUGGCAAGAAGAAACCAAGUAAAUCAUCAAAAGACACGAAGAGUAAACACUCUAAAGGAUUGUUGCGGAAUAGCCCUGACCAAUCAGAGAGAGAUAAUGGAGAGUGUCCAUAUUCUGACCUUGAGUCAGUGCCUAAGAUUUUGUGUCCUAAAGCACUUGAACGUCAAUCUAAGCUACUUUCUACUCCGCCGACUGUUACAGUUGUCAAAGAGGUGAAGAAGCAGCCAGAGAUUCAGAGUGGUCUUUGGUUCAGUAAAUCAGGCAAAGACAGGCGACCUAAAACAACCAGUCCAAUGUCAGACCGCACUCUCUUUAGUAAGGCAUCCUGUAAGAAAAAGAGCUUACCUGCUGUUAGUAAAAAGAUGCUGGUUACAUGUGUCUCCUCUAGUGGUGCUAUCAGUGACCAGUCAGGGAUGUCAGACAAGCAUAAAACUCUGGUACCUGCUGAAGCAAAUCUGCCUGCUGGACAGUCAGAACAGUUGAAGUGUAAAAACACUCCAGUUUCCAACAGGCUAUUUGGUACAACUGGCAGUCUUGCUGACCACUCAGGACUGUCAGACAAACAGAGGUCCCGGGUCUCUGUUGAGGCUGGUGUGCCCAAUGACAAGUGUGGAUACUCAAAGUUCAUACAGACACCCAGUAAUAUAACUGACACUGUUAUUGACAUGUUUUCUGACCAGUUUGGUAGCUCAGAUGAUAAAAAGUGCCAAAAGCACAGUAUGAAAGUUGGUAUCAAUGACCAAUCCAGAUUUUCAGAAUGUCUCAAGCGUGUCAGUCAAACUGAACACCCUGACAAUACGGCUAAUAAAAAAAUGCAUGUAAUUGAUAGGAUUUCUGAUCAAGCAGAAGAAAAAGAAAGAAACAAAACUCCAAAGCUAUCCACUUUAAAUGUUGACACCACUGACCCACUUGCAAUUCUCGAAAAGCAAACAAGUCUUGUCUCUAAAUGUAGGCUGCCUUUUGUCAAAUUAGUUCGCAAGGAAAUAGAGGGUAAGAAGUUCCAAAACUCCAGUGUAACCAUUAGUCCAGCUGACCAACCUGGAUCCACAAAGAAGAAAAAGACCAGAGAAAAGAAAGAGACUAAAAUUUCCUCUAAAAAGUCGGACAGGGUGGAUGACAAGACAAGUGUCUCCAUGGAUAAGGCAUCCAGUUCGGAGACCAUUAAUGUCUCAGUUGUGAGGUUAAAAGCAAGUGGAGGGAAAGGUAUGCUUCAACUCUCAUCAGAAUCAUCACAACAGAAAACUACUGUGGUCUCCAAUGUGGCCAGUGUGUCUGCUGAUGAGUUAGGUAGCCCAAAAGCUGAGAGGAAAUCAAUAUUGAAUGUCAGCCCAAGCAAUGUGACGUUUUCAUCCUCUAAUCAGUCAGACCAGUCUGAAAGUAAAAAGAUUCCCUCCUCCAGUGCAACAAGCAUGUCUUCUGACCUGUCAGGCAGCUCAGCACAAACAAUAACUUCGGUCACUAGUAAAUCUUCCAAGGCAAUUCCUGCUACUCAAGGAAAUUUGGUAUCUGGGAAUGCUUGUGUUUCCAAAGUCCUAUCUUCUGAGAAAUCCAAGAAAGUUGUCCAGAAAUCAAAGCAGGUUCCAGAUGAAGUGAAUAAAGUCCUACUUGAGCCGCCUGCCCACCUCCCAGCCAGCAGUCGACUGCUGACUAGAGCCCUAAAAGCCAUGCAGGAGGUGGAGCAGAAGAAGCAGGAAAACGCUAAAAAGCAGGCUGAGCACAAAGAACUCUUAGAUGCACUUAGGGAAGUUAAAGAGACUGUGUGUCAUUCAGCACGUAACUCAUCUCGUGCUCCAAAGACCAAACUGAAAAUUAGCACAAAAAUAAAAUCUCUUAAAUCUAAAGACAAUGGUGAGCAUAAUCAGGAUACGUCUUCUAGCCGUAGCAGCCCCCCUGCUAGGUCUUCUGAUUCAACUGACAUUGAAGCUGAUGUAAAAAGUGAAGCAGAAGACCACUCAAUAUCCUCAACCCCACCAAUGGACUUCAUCCCCCUCACUUCUAAGGUGAAGGAAAAGAAUGACGAUCAUUCCUCUGCCUUAUGCUCCUCAUCCUCACCUUCUUCACCAUUCUCUUUCAUGAAUGCCUUUAAAAACGUGGAAGAGGUAUCCUUCCAGUCUGUGACGAGUGAGGGUAAUGGUAAACCCGUCUCUUUCAAACCAGAUACAAACUACAAGUUUAGCACUUUUCUCAUGAUGUUGAAGGACUUGCAUGACACUAGAGAGCGAGACGGGACCCCUUUAGAACUGGACAUUGGGCCACCAAGUGCACAUGUCAAGGAGGAGCCCUCAGUGAUGCCUGGGGAGGCUAAGCCGGCAGGGCAAGAUCAGCAAUUUAAACAUCUUGGUACAAUUUCGAAUUUAAGUCCAGACAAAAUCACCAUCGCACACAGUGUAGACAGCAAAAGUCAGACUUGGAAGAGGCCCUAUAACAGAAGGAGCGGCUGCACUGGAAUGAAAAAGAGAUCCAACCGCAAAGUGCCUUGUCGUCCUGCCAGGUCUGGACCUGGUUUCCCAGGACUGGAGUCCACAUCAAGAAUGGCAUCACUACCAACAGCGGACUCUUCAUCACGCAUGGACUGCUUAUCGCGAGUCCAGUCCCUGUUGGGCAUGCAGGCCAGCAGUUGGGAGAGGCACCCUGGAGGCAGUGAAGGAGUGGUUCAAGAUGAGGCGGAUGAGAGGUGGAGCAGGGUUAAUCUACAGAAUCUACAGAACUUGGUGCCUUUGGAGCAGCAGGGAUCUGACACAACGCUACAUCUGGGACAGCCGAAUGGCUUUUUUGCAGGCCGCACCAAGACUAACCCAAGCUUCACGCACAACGCUGGAGGACGCGAAAAGGCUACAACGGCACAUAAACGAAUAAGAAAACCAAGCAAGCGGCUGAUUGAAUUGACUGAAGAGUACGAUCAGAUUUUCUCUACAAGGAAGAAAACCAAAAAGCUUCUCCAGUCAAUUGGAAAUGUCACUCAACCCAUUACCUCCAUGUCUGAAACCCCGGGAUCGGACAAGAACGCACACGACCACCCAUCCUCGAGCUUACUUCCUGAAAUACAGACGCCACCUCCUGAGGAAAUUGCUGCAACAACGUCCUGUGAACUACAAAUCCCCAGCACUGAAAACAAGUCUCCCCAAGAUGCACCGGUGCUUUCCAUCGACACACUAACCCCUCCUCCUGAAGCUGAACCCUCACUCUCGGGAGGCCUCAUCAAAGACAGCGGAAACGCUGUUCUGCUGGCGAAGAAGAGGAAGAGGAAGCCCACUCAGAAGAUCCUGGAGUACUGUCUGGAGACCGAGGCUUCAACAGGCCCCAAGAAGAAGGUCAAAACACUGAAGAACAAUUCAAUUGCUGCCCCUCAAUCAGAUUCCGGACCACCAUCUCUAAAAUUAAAGAGUAAGCGGAUUACAGCAUCGACCUCCACACCGCCCACCCCAGAGGUUCCCACCUGUACGUCCACUCCCUCCAUCCAGACCUCUCUCUCUCCCAGCGCUCCUGCACCCGCCGCUUCUGCACCAGCUCCACCCGAAACCAACCGGGUGGAGGCGGUAUCUGAAGAUGUGGAUGCUCCUCAGCCAGAGGACUGUGAGGCUCAGGAGGUCAAAAGGGACACAGCAGAGUCAGAGGGCGACACGUCCAGCCUGGAUCACAGUUUCUCCUCCACGAAGGACGACUUGAUGCUGUGCGACGACCCACGUUCACCCUCAAGGAAGAUCAUAGGGGACCGAGGAGGCCCCGCCUCCAUGAAGGAGAACAUAUGUCAGGUGUGUGAAAAGACGGGGGAGCUGCUGCUCUGUGAGGGUCAGUGCUGUGGAGCCUUCCACCUGGCCUGCAUCUCCCUGGCCGAGGCACCAAGAGGGAAGUUUGUCUGUCCAGAGUGUAAAUCAGGCGUCCACACCUGCUUCGUAUGUAAAAAGCGCAGUGAGGACGUGCGGCGCUGUAUGAUCCCUGUGUGUGGGAAGUUUUACCACGGGGAGUGUAUCGCCAGCUUCGCCCCGACUGCGCCUGUGACCCGAGGCUUCCGCUGCUCCAUCCACGUGUGUCUCACCUGCUUCAUCGCCAAUCCAAACAGCUCGUCCAUCUCUAAAGGUCGUCUGGUGCGGUGCGUACGCUGCCCGGUGGCAUAUCAUGCUACAGACCUCUGCAUGGCGGCAGGCAGCGUCAUCCUCUCGAACAACAGCAUCAUCUGUCCCAACCACUUCGCCCCCAGACGUGGCGUCAAGAACCACGAACAUGUGAACGUCAGCUGGUGCUUCGUCUGCACAGAGGGGGGGAGUCUGCUGUGCUGCGAGUCCUGUCCCGCUGCCUUCCACCGGGAGUGUCUCAAAAUCGAGAUGCCUAAAGGCAGCUGGUUCUGCAACGACUGUAAGGCUGGGAAGAAACCUCGCUUCAAGGACAUCCUCUGGGUGAAAGUCGGGCGGUACAGGUGGUGGCCAGCAGAGGUCAGCCAUCCCAAAAGCAUCCCAGAGAACAUCCAGCGGAUGAAGCACGAUGUCGGCGAGUUCCCUGUUCAUUUCUUUGGCUCCAACGACUACCUGUGGACGUACCAGGCCAGAGUCUUCCCUUAUAUGGACGUGGACGCCAACAGCAAAGAGAAGAUGGGCAAAGGUGUUGACGCCACCUAUAGGAAAGCUUUGGAGGAGGCGGCCGUGCGGUUUCGAGAGCUGCAGGCUGAGAAGGAGCUUCGGCAGCUUCAAGAGGACAGAAAGAACGACAGGAAACCUCCUCCGUACAAACAUGUUAAGGGGAAUCGACCAAUAGGAAAGGUCCAGAUCUUCACAGCCGACCUAUCAGAGAUCCCGCGGUGUAACUGUAAGGCGUCGGACGAGAGCCCCUGUGGCAUGGACUCCGAGUGCAUCAACCGCAUGCUGCUGUACGAAUGUCACCCACAGGUUUGCCCGACAGGUGAACGUUGCCUCAACCAGGCGUUCACCAAGCGUCAGUACAGCCAGGUGGAGAUCUACAGAACACUAUCCCGAGGCUGGGGGCUCCGCUGCGUCCAUGACAUCAAGAAGGGUCAUUUUGUGAGCGAGUACGUCGGGGAGGUGAUUGACGAGGAGGAGUGCCGGUCGAGGAUCAGACACGCGCAGGAGAACGACAUCUGUAACUUCUACAUGUUAACUCUGGACAAGGACCGGAUCAUUGAUGCCGGGCCGAAGGGGAAUGAGGCUCGCUUCAUGAACCACAGCUGUCAGCCAAACUGUGAGACCCAGAAGUGGACGGUGAGCGGAGACACUCGGGUGGGACUGUUCGCUCUCGUCGACGUCACUGCAGGCACUGAACUCACCUUCAACUACAACCUGGAGUGUUUGGGCAACGGGAAGACGGUGUGUAAAUGUGGAGCACCAAACUGCAGCGGCUUCCUGGGCGUCAGGCCAAAGAACAACCCUCCGUCUGAGGACAAAGGUCGGAAGCUGAAGAGGAGAGGCUACGGCAAGAGGAAGAAGAAGGUGGUGGUGACCAAAGAAAGAGAGGACGAGUGUUUCAGCUGUGGAGACGGGGGACAGAUGGUUUCCUGUAAGAGACCUGGAUGUCCGAAGGUUUACCACGCUGACUGCCUCAACCUCACCAAGAGGCCAGCAGGUCGCUGGGAAUGUCCAUGGCACCAGUGCGACAUAUGCAGUAAAGACGCAGCGUCGUUCUGUGAGAUGUGUCCAAGUUCUUACUGCUGCCAGCACCGCGACGGUCUGCUCUUCAUCUCCAAGCUGGAUGGGAAACUGUGCUGCAGCGAACACGACCCCUGUGGGCCUGACCCACUGGAACCGGGAGAGAUCCGGGAGUACACGCCUGAACCGAGAGCCCUGCCCUCAGGCCUGGGCAUGGCCGUCAUCCCCUCUGCCGCUCCUAACGCAACCGCCACUUUGAACCCGACCACCAGAAGGGUCCAGGAGAUCAGCACCAGUGCUGACACGUGUGCUGCUGAGUCAUUUCCUGCUUUUUCAAUCCCGGUGCCCAUCACCAUUCCCGUCGCCGCUCCCGCCUCCUCACCUCCUCACCCGAGCAGCUCUGAUGCUCCCAGCAGCCCGCAGGUGUUCGACCUGCCGCACUAUUCGCCCAUCUCUUCGUAUGAGGAGGAGAGGGACGUCUUAGAAGAGGAGGAAGAGGAAGAGGAAGAGGAGGAAGAGGAAGAUGAGGAGGAGGAGGAGGAGGAAGAGGAGGAGGAAGAGGAGGAGGAGGACGAGGGGGAGGAUGAGGGGGAGGAUGAGGGGGAGGACGAGCUGGCAGAAGUGGAGGAGGAUUUAGUGGAAGAGGGUGAGGAGGGGAGGCAGAAAUCAGAUUCUAAUGAAGAGGAUGGAGAGUCAGUGAUGGACGAGGAGGAGGAGGAAUACCUGGAAAUCAAAGAUGAUGAGGAUGAGGAGCAGGAGGAGGAAGAAGAAGAUGAAGAAGAAGAGGAGGAGGAGGAGGAGAAGAGAAGAAGAAGAAGAGGAGGAGGAGGAAGAGGAAGAGGAGGAGGAAGAAGAAGGAGGAGGAGGAGGAGGAGGAAGAGUGACAUUUAGUGGAUUAUUAUUUAUAGUUGCACAGGACAUUAAGGCAGAACAGGCAGACGUAAACAAAUGGCGAUCAAUCAGUCACAUUACACAUGCAGCCCAGUCUGUCACUGUUUGAAUCCGAUGGGCAGGUGAGUGUACGGAGGAAACGGGACUCACUCCACCCUCGCUGACCUCGGUGCACGUAACCUGCUGUAGAGACGGUUCCUGACACAGUGACUUUGCACAAACUGGCUGCACCUUCACAUGUGAGAUCCGAUAAAGAAAAUUAUCUGGAACGUAAAACGUGGUGUUUGUGAACAUAUUUCACUCUGAUGUUUUCUCCCUUUUCUUUUUUUUUUUACCAAACUUUUACCCGCUGGUUUGUUUUCCUCUGAGUAGUAGUUCAGGUGUCGUUUCCUGUACGUCAGCUGAGUCGACCCGCAAAAGCUUAAAGUAGUUGGAGACAAGUUGUUGUAUCUGGUGUGUCUGUGUUUAGUGUAAGAAAAGACUUCACUGUCGGGGUGGAGAAAAACUCUUCAGCCCGUGAAUCCUGAGACACGAUGAUCACCGACAGAAUCAGAGCAGCGCCCCCAUCUGGUAAAUGACUUCUCCUCAGUCCUGUGUACGUCGCUGCAGCUGGAUUGGCGGCGGUGUUCACAAAAGUAUGAGGGAAAAAAAUAAUCAUGGAUUUGUCCGUAAAUAAACCAGUUGCAGUCUGGAUGGCGGCGGAGUUCACAAAAUUAUGAGAACAAAAUAAUCAUGGAUUUGUCCGUAAAUAAACCAGUUGCAGUCUGGAUGGCGGCGGAGUUCACAAAAUUAUGAGAACAAAAUAAUCAUGGAUUUGUCCGUAAAUAAACCAGUUGCAGUCUGUUUGUGCUUAGAGACAUGAACAUCGCUCCAAAUGAAACGCCACGACUGGACUGAAAUGUGUUGUUGGACUUUGAGUUCAGUGAUGUGAAAUUUGGGUUUUAUUGGACACAUACAGGCUGAGUUGACUUCAAUCUACAAUAAAGCACCUCACGCAGGAGUCUCCACUUCACCUCCAGUUCUUCUCCACGUCUCAGAUCAUCAGAUGGUGCUUCAAGAUCAGACCCCCGACGGAAAUGUGAUGGCGAUAAGUUUUGGAAUCCAAGCUGCCAGGGGCCAGAAGGAGGAGGAAAUAUUCUCUACACAAUGUCAUGCCAAAAAAAGUGUUUGACUGAGUCUGAGUCUCCAUGUCAGGGUGGGAGAGACAUUAUUUAAACUGAAACGUAAAAGAAACCAGGAGGUCAAUUAGCAGCUCCACGGCUGAGGCAGAGUGGACUGAAGAAAGUUUAUAAACUAUUGUGACGCACAAAUGAGGGCGAGUGGGGCAACAGCGCCCUCGCUCCUCAGGCUCCAUAUUUUAAAAAAAAGUCUCCACAACGGAAAACGACGGACUGCUGCCAUGUUGCUUGCACUUCUGUAUGUGUUCUUGCCACAUGUGUUUCACUCUUCAAGCUUCUAAUAUCGUCUGUGUGUUAUCUGCCAAUGCCUUAGAGUGUUUUUUCUUUGGAGCUAUUUUGAAGGAAUGCUUUGGCCCCUGUGAGAGCCAGGUUCCCCUACUAAUGCCUUUUUACAGUUGCCCAACAAGCAAUGUUUCAUUCCAGUGUAAUUAUGACCUGUUAGAUCUCAACCAUUGACCUGUUAAACUGCUAUAUAAAUAUAUAAUAAGAAGAAGUUAUAAAAUAA